UCUUUCCAUAUUUGCACUUUUAAUCAAAAAGAACAAUAAAGCGAAAGGAUAAUGUAAAUGAAGCAAGAAAUUAGGACUGGUGUAUUCCUAACUUUCAAAUUUCAAUGGAGGUCUCGAGUUUGAUACUUGGUUCAGUAUCUUAUCCACACAAUUGUUCGAACCCUAAUAGAAAUCUUAAUCUUAAUCUUAAGCCCAAGGCCAAUUCUUCCUCUUUCCAGGUGCUUUCAUGGAAAUGUAGCCCUGUAAACUUUGCUGAAGCUUUUCACUGCCGCCAUGUGACGAAGUUGAACCAUGCAAAUGAUGCUGUUGUUGGCAUCUCAAACCUUUUUGUUGCAUUCCAUCUAGAUCUUUGGCAAAGUUUUAAAAUUCAAAAGAUAUUGUUGUACCAGAAUGGUUUGUCUACGCUCAGGUGGGAGGUCAAGAAGGGCUGUACCAAAUUUUAUAACAUAAUCAGUUGCUCUGAAAAGUCCAAACGUCCUACCUCCAUGCACUUAGUUAAUUUGGUUGUUGGAGUUGUAUUGCUUAUGUCAGUAUCUGUAACUACAAGUACCGGCCCAUCUUGGUCUCUGACAGAGGAGAAUCGCCUUUUUCUGGAAGCCUGGAGAACACUAGAUCGUGCUUAUGUUGACAAAACAUUUAAUGGGCAAAGUUGGUUCCGUUAUAGGGAGAAUGCACUGCGUAAUGAGCCAAUGAACACCAGAGAAGAAACUUAUGCAGCAAUAAGAAAGAUGGUUGCUUCACUGAAUGAUCCAUUCACACGUUUUCUAGAACCUGAAAGAUUGAAGAGUUUGCGGUCUGGAACUCAGAGUUCACUUACGGGUGUAGGGUUAUCUAUUGGCUACCCUAACAGCCUUGAUGGAUCAUCUACUGGUUUAGUUGUAAUCUCGGCUGCUCCUGGAGGGCCUGCUAGUAGGGCUGGUAUCUUGCCUGGGGAUAUCAUUUUGUCAAUUGAUGAUGCUAAAACUGAUGGGAUGGGCAUUUAUGAUGCUGCAAAUAUCUUACAGGGACCUGAAGGAAGUUCCGUGGAUCUGACAAUCCGUAGCAGGGAUGAGAUAAAACAUGUGGUGCUUAAGCGUGAGAUAGUAACUUUAAAUCCAGUAAAAUCCAGAUUAUGUGAGAUGCCUGGUUCAGCUAAUGAUGUUUCUCCAAAAGUUGGAUACAUCAAGUUAACAACAUUCUCUCAGAAUGCUUCCGAUGCAGUCAAGGAAGCGAUUGAGACACUUAGAAGUAAUAAUGUUAAUGCUUUUGUGCUGGACCUUCGAGAUAACAGUGGUGGCCUUUUUCCAGAAGGAAUAGAGAUAGCCAAAAUUUGGUUAAACAAAGGAGUCAUUGUUUACAUAUGUGAUAGUCGUGGUGUUCGUGAUAUAUAUGAUGUGGAAGGACCCAAUGCAGUAGCUGUUUCAGAGCCUCUCGCUGUUCUGGUGAAUAAGGGUACUGCCAGUGCUAGCGAAAUAUUAGCGGGUGCACUAAAAGACAACAAACGAGCUGUGCUUUUUGGAGAGCCCACAUAUGGGAAGGGCAAAAUACAGUCAGUUUUCGAGCUAUCUGAUGGAUCUGGCUUAGCAGUCACAGUUGCUCGUUAUGAAACUCCUGAUCACACGGACAUUGACAAGGUCGGAAUCAAACCAGACCACCCCCUCCCAGCGUCUUUUCCCAAGGACGAGAAGGAUUUCUGCACCUGUGUCCAAGAUCCCUCAUCUGCUUGUUAUCUCAAUCGAGUAGAAUUAUUUUCGAGAUGAUCAUCAAAAAAAUAUAUUUGAAGCUUACGUAAGUUAUUGAUUCAUUUGUAUAACUCUCAAAGAACCGUCAUUUUUUCCAAGCCGCUGAACUUGGCUGUAGUUUUCUCCAGUAACUGUAUAUAGCACCCUUAUUUUUGUAAAGCCACAAACUCUGCAUGGAUUUCUUUCAUCAACAGCUUAAAUUGAGUAUGAUUUCUUUCAUCAACAGUUUAAAUUGGGUAUGAUUUCUUUCA